AUGAAGAACCAACCAUUCGUGCUCCGUCGAUAUGACGUAAACUUUCUGGUUCUACCGAUGAAGUAUCUGGAGGAAAUACGCCUCAUAGCUCCAUCCAAGCUCAGUAGCAAAGGCGCACAGACCGGAAACCUUGCUCCAGAGUACACAUCGAUGCAGUUUCUGUUCCAUUCCAACCUCCACCUUGACGUUCUUAAGAAGAAACUCACACCUGAGCUCUAUGACUAUGUGAACAAGGCCAAAGAGGAACUAGCCUAUGGCUGGCAUCGUGAUCUACCUCACAAUCAUGAUUGGACUGAGAUCCCUAUCGAGCAUCAUUUACGGAUGCUUGUUGCACGCAUGACUGCCAAGGUCUUUAUGGGUAAUCCGACAUGUCGGGAUCCGGAGUGGCUGAAAAUUUCAGUCGAUUUCUCUGUGGAUUUAUUUACCACGGCAUUCACGAUCAAAAUGUUUCCACCUUGGAUGUAUGGCCUGGUCGCUCGACUUAUUCCUGCUAGAUAUCGCACUUUCCGUCAAUUGAAGGCCGGCAGAAGGAUUGUUGGCGUGCUCACACAGCAGCACAACGUUGUAAAAGAGAAGAGGCAAAUGGGUGAAGAGGUCGAAGAAGAGGAUACACUUCUCAACUGGAUGCUGGAUCAUGGCACGCCGAGUGAAGUCGAAGUGCAUGAGAUGGGUGCCCGUCAAUGUGUCUUAACCCUCGCCAGUAUUCACACGACUGCUUCGAGUGUGUCAAAUAUGAUCUACGACCUAUGCGCUUAUCCUAAGUGGAUUGAAGUCUUGAGAGAAGAAGUCAUGGAGAUCUCCAACGAACUGGGACCCCCUGGCCAGGUUCCGAAUGUUAGCGCAAAGGAGUGGUGCACACGACUGGACAAGCUCGACAGCUUUUUCGUCGAAAGUCAAAGACACAACCCCGUCCUCCUCCCCAUUGCACAUAUAUCAGUCAAUCCGCAACGGCUGGCUUACCAGGACAUCAAACUCAAGGAUGGCACGAUCGUUCCUGCUGGGUCACGACUUGCGUUUGCUAACUACGAGCACUCGAUGGACCCCGAUGUUCAUUCUAAUCCCGCAGACUUUGAUCCCAUGCGCAAUUAUCGCAAGCGUAUGUCGGCCCCUGACCAGCUAGAUCUGCACAAAGCUGGCAUGACCCACCCUAACAACCUGGCAUUUGGCUACGGCAAUCAAGCAUGCGCGGGUAGGCAGUUUGCUGUUGCUGAGAUCAAGCUCAUCAUGGCUCGUCUUCUCUAUGAGUUUGACUUCAAGUUUCCUGAGGGCAAGUCUCGACCCAAGACCCAGCAUGUCAAUGAAAACUGUUUUACAGAUCAGAGCAUGACCCUUAUGAUGAAGAAGUUAUAA